UGUCUUUUUUUUUUUUUUUUUUUUUUUUUUUUCCCUCUUUUUCCCACUCCAUGCUCUCUCCCUGCGGCUAACUAACUAUCUUGCGCUCUUCCUCGAUUUCUCCCUCUUCUUCCUCUUUCUUCCCGCUCUUCCUCGACAUCCCCCCUCCCUUUGCUUUAUGCCUUAUAUCCGUUCCCCGAUUCAACUCUUCUCGUUGUUUGUCUGUUGUUGUCUGGUCUGACCUGCGCUCUGGGUUUCGUCGUGUUUGGUUUCACUCUGGCCCUGAUAACUCGAAAUUGCUCGUCAUCGCCUCGUCUGGCGCCUCUCUCGUCUCGCUGUGCCGCCAAUCCUGCUCACCAUCCAAUCCCCCGACCCCAUUCCCGCAUCGCAUCGCAUCGCGUCAAUCUUGCUGUGCCUUUCUGUCUGAUCUUUGCUACUUGUUUUGUCCCUUUGGUCGAGGUUGGAGGGGUCCCUUGUCCCAACCUGCGCGCCCCGCCCCGUCUUACUUAACCAACCAACCGUCACUUGUUUUUAUUCUUCUCCCUCAGUCAUCUACUUAGUGACUCUUCUCCCUUCCUUUACUCAUCAUCAUCAUCUUCUUUUUCUUUGCGUUAAAUCCACUUCUCAAUUGUGGUUGUUGUUUACUUGUUCUGUCGGUCCGUUUUCGGUGUAGUUGGCCUUAGGUACAUACAUCGCGAGCUUCCAACAACCCAAAAAACCCACGGCUGCCCCUUCUAUAUAACCAACCACACACAAGCACACACGCCACCUCGAUUUCCUCUGACGCCCUCCCAACAACUGUUUGGAAACCUUAGCUAUAGUGCAAGCAAUAUUUAUCCCUCCGGCGAUUGCCUCUAUCCCACCAACCCCGUCUCGAGCAUCUCUCGAUAUUAGCAUUUCCGCGACAACCAGCUGUCUUCAUUUCUUUUUUCUGAUAUAAGCAAGUCCUUCUUCAGUCGGGCAGAUCUGCCGCAAACACGAAAAAAGAUGUCCGCUGUCGCAUCGGUCCCAGCGGUUAACGGAAACCAUGAUUCCAAUAAAGACUCCAAUCCAGAACAUAGUCCAUCACGGUUCACCGCUGUAAAUGGGAGGGACCAGGGUGCGCUACCUUCUAACAGUAACAACAAUAACGGCAAUAAUAGCAAUAAUACCGGUCCGUCGGAGAACAAUCCCACAGUCGCCCAGAACGAAGAGCCGUCAGCGAGUGCCACUGCGGAGCGCGAUCGCGCUUCGAGGAAUUCGGGGACGCCAGCUCGCCAACCUGAACAAUCCUUGGAGUCUGCGAACCCCACAGUCCAGGAUCCCGAAGCCACAUACGUUGUCUCCGACGGCAAUUCUCCAAACACAAAUCGAAACAAACGAAAACGUUCAGAAUCAGAUGAACGCCAGACUUCUCCGUCCUCGUACCAGGGUCAUAGCGUCUCCAGGAGUCCUGUUUCCCAACCUGAUCACAAACUCGACCCUCAAAUUCAAGGCGCUCCCCCAAAUGGCACGACCCACGCGCAAACAGCAUCUGAAGCAGAUUCAGUGGCCAAAAGAGCCAGGCAGAGCUUUGCAACCGUUCCGGAGCGAAGUGUCAGCGUCCAAUCGACAGGCAACACCUCUGCCUGGGAUAGUUACGAUACGCAGCUGACGAAUCAUGCGCAACUUGGUCACCAGCCUAUUGACUCUUCAGAUGCUCAGCUCGCAGAAGCUCUUCAGCGCGAUGUCCAAGGCCCUGACCAUGCCGCAAAGAACUGGCCCACGGUGCCCGAGGGUGAAUCUGCCGACUCAACCCGCAAAUUCACCUAUUCCCAUACGCCGCCGCAAGAACGACCAAUUGGCCCUGUACAAGUUGGUCCCAAGAGGAAAAGGGUUUUCAGCAACCGCACAAAGACGGGUUGUAUGACCUGCAGAAGAAGGAAGAAGAAGUGCGAUGAACAGCAUCCUUCUUGCAAUAACUGUUUGCGCGGUGGCUUCUUAUGCGAAGGUUACUCGUCCCGAAGCACUUGGCAGAAGCCUUCUACCUCCAAACCACCAGUUCCACUCCAAGCCAAAGACGGCUAUUCCGAGGUACCUCCUCAAUACAUCCCUGACAUGAGCCCCCAGAGACACGACAGGGCCCCAACUACAAUACAUACAAACAAUGAGCAACCAAAGUCCGAUUAUCAUGCCGCCUUGCGGGAAAUAUCCCAUGGCGCUUCACAUCAGAAGCCUGGAAUGCCCGUUUUUCAAGGCAAUAUCGAGCAGCGUCCCAAACACCAGCAACCCCACGUUGACACAAGCAGCUACCCGGCUCAGGCUCGGCUAGCUCUUAACAUGGAACCUCACGUCGCAUUCGAGACCCCUAAGACCGAGAAGGAAAAAAUGCUUGCUGGAGAACCGUACCAGAAUUACUUUGACCCGCAGCUCAACCGAGAGCGAGAACGUUGCAAAGCCGCGUUAUGGCGAUACAAUAACGCCAGCAAUCCGAACCUAGGGAUCAGCCCGGACGAGCGACGGCGACUGCUGAAAGAAGUCCUAAUCCCCCCAUUAGACCCGCAAGCCGAACCAGGCUCCAACACCCCCGUAGGAUCCUUGGGGCCCUGCGCCAUCGUUGAAACGCCCUUUAAUUGUCAUUUCGGAUACAACAUCAAUAUCGGGGAAGACGUACUGAUAUCCGAAAACUGUCUGCUCGCAGACGACUGCCCUAUCAACAUCGGCGCGCAUACGUGGAUAGGCCCUAAUGUCACGAUAUUGGGAUCCAUGGCGAUGGGAAGCAUGCAGGAUCGCAAAGGUUCUCGCAGCAAGUACCAGGGCCGCCCUGUUGUUAUUGCUGAAGACUGUUGGAUUGGCGCUGGAGCUACUAUUUUACCCGGUGUGAGCCUUGGAAGGGGCGCAUACAUUGCCCCUGGAGAAGUUGUCAAGCAGCAGAUUCUGCCGUAUGGUUUUCAAGGGCUGAAGCCUAAUUUCCCUUGAUAUUCGUCUAAAUAUAUGAUCUAUGAUAUGAUAUAUGAUUUUAGUGGGUUGCUCAGGUUUGAACUCUACUCUACACACGCAAGAAAGAGAAAGAGAAGGAAAAUCCAGGGUAAACUGCUAGCUGGGGGCCCACAUGGUUGCCUCCAAAAUUUUUGCGUUCCAACCUCUGCACGCCCCAAUCGAAUUCUGGCUAGCUGGCUGGCUGGCUGGCUUUAAUAAAUCGAUCUGUAAGGGGUUAUAUAUAUAUUCUCUUUAUUUUUAGUUUUUGUCUUGCUGUUUUUUAUUUUCUAUUGAAAAGACGCAUUUUAGUCGAUUGCUUUCUAUUUCCUUUUACUGUUCUCUAUUUAUUAGUCCCUUUUCCUACGUAUACGAAACGUUAUACAUGUCUUUGUUGAGUGUUCUAAGUACUCUACCGCUCUCCCAUCUCUUUUUCACGUCGAUGUCUAUUUUAUUCUUUUACCAGCUCCCAAAAGGAAUUUGUGUCGUUGAUAGGCGGCCAAAUCUGUCUUUCUGAUUGAUUGAUUGAUUGAUGAAAUGAUUGACUGCUUUUUCAUGUUCCAUGCUUCAACAGUCUGGAUGCGCUCAGAUAUGAACUGUAUAUGGCUUGAGUGCGCGAGGUGCUGGAGGGCGUGGUUGAAGAUGCGUGCGUUAACGGCCUGCACUUUCAAGUGGUCUUUUAAUUUGAAGGAAAUUGUGAAAUUCCUUUUUAGAUGAAUUCAAUAACCUGACGAUGUCACGGAAUGUAAUAUGUAAUGGUUAAUGGCUUUCUGAUUCCCUUGCUUUCUCAUCUCAUUCAGGGUAAAGAUGGUAUUUGAAAGGGAUUGAUUAAUGGUGGAUGGGUGGCGGCAUAUAUUAAUAAAUAUAUAUAUAUAUAUCAAUAUCUUCUCGAUCUGCUCUAUAGCAUGGGAUACCUCCUUUACUCUGCGGAGACAAAAUCAAAAUAACCAAUUACAAACCCAG